AUGUUACGACCUGCAACAAAAGAGGAGAAGGAACGACGGAAUGAGAUCCAUGACGAUGCAGAGCCGACAGCGUAUGAAGGUCGGAAUUUCCUCUUCUUAACAGGCCCUUGCCCACGGGGACGGUAUCAGGCAUAUGCUACCCAUAAGUGGCUGGAAAGCAUCAGUGUAUCAGCUCGCCAACAUGUCUCGCGUCUGUCCCUUCUAGUCCAACCCUAUGAGGAAGAUGCUUUCGACGCUGCAACCAGAAGAGCAUACUCGGAGCUAAGCAAAUACAUUUUACAGUAUUUACCAGGGUUCAAAACGCUGUGUCUCAAUAUCUGGGAUGAUGAGAUGAGACUUUACAGUGCGGCGCGCGAGUUCAGUAUCCUUUUGCACAGAGAUGGUAUCAAGCUUAUCGUCCGAUGCAACUGGUGGGGUGGAGAGUCCAGAGAAUACAACAAUGCUGGAGCAUUCUUAGAAGCCAUGACUACAGUAACACGAACAAGACGCAGGCAGACGUUCAGUGAGGAAAUGCAGGAUGAUGACACUGGAGAGGACAACCUGAAUGAACAAGACGAGGCUCAUGAGGCUUUACACAAAAAGCUCGGCAUGACAGGAGAUGACAGAAAGAGAAAUGAUGAGGUUCAGGAAGCGUUGAAUUCCUUUUCAGUCGUCAAAUCCGAUACCGAAGAUGGGCAUGAAUCUGAAGAUGAUUGGACCGACGCGGCGAUGAGUCCUAUGGAGACUGAGAAAGACUGGCAGAUACUAUAA